UCCAUCCCUUCUCCAGCAACCACGCAAUCUCAUAGCACACAACAGACCAACACAGAGGCGGCGACAGAGUGAGCAGCAGUAUUGUUGCUCUUCACCUAUUUGGACAAGAAAAAAAUUGGGCGUUGUUGAGUUCUUGUUCCUCUAGCCUGCAAGAACAUGGCAGAAUCGCCGCUUCUCCCUUUAGUGCGUGACGUGGCCAGCAAGGCUGCAGACGCAGUCGUCGGGAUGGUGACCCACGUGUGUGGCCUCGAUGAUGAUCGCGGAACGUUGGAGCGCCAGCUGCUAGCCGUCGAGUGCAAGCUGGCCAACGCCAAGGAGAGGAGCAUGACAAAUGGCUAUGUCAAGAGCUGGAUGAAGGAGCUCAAAUCUGUCGCCUACAAGGCCGACGACGUGCUUGACGACUUCCAGUACGAGGCACUACGCCGCCAGUCUAAAAUCGGCAGGUCCACUUCCCACAAGGUACUUGGCUACAUCACGCGCCGCAACCCGUUGCUCUUCCGUUUUGAAAUGAGCAGGAAACUGAAGAACGUCCUUGAGAAGGUCAAUAAGUUAGUUGAGGAGAUGAACAAGUUUGGCCUGGAGAAAUCUGUCCAUAAGGAGGAGCGGCAACAUCCUUGGCGGCAGACACACUCAAAACUGGACGACUCUACCAUAAUCUUUGGAAGAGAUGAUGAUAAGAAGGUGGUGGUGAAGUUGUUGUUGAACCAGCAAGAUCAGCGGAAGGUGCAGGUCCUGCCCAUCUUUGGGAUGGGAGGUCUUGGCAAGACGACUCUUGCUAAGAUGGUGUACAAUAGCCAGGAGGUCAAGCAACACUUUCAAUUGAAGAUGUGGCACUGCGUGUCAGACAACUUUGAUGCAAUUGCUCUUUUGAAAUCCAUCAUUGAGUUGGCUACAAAUGGAAGUUGUGACCUGCAUGGCAGCAUUGAACUAUUGCAAAAGCGACUUGAGCAAGUCAUUGGCCAAAAAAGGUUUAUUCUUGUUCUUGAUGAUGUAUGGAAUGAAGAUAAGAUAAUGUGGGAGGAUGUAUUGAAGCCACUAUUGUGUUCUGUUGGUGGCUCACGAAGUGUUAUAGUGGUCACAUGUCGAAGCAAGCAAGUGGCCUCUAUAAUGUGCACCAUUAAGCCCCAUAAACUAGUAUUUCUGAGCGCAAAUGAUUCAUGGGAAUUGUUUUCAAACAAAACAUUUAGCAAUGGUGUGAAGGAGCCAGCAGAAUUAGUCAGCAUUGGAAGGCGUAUUGUCAACAAAUGUGGAGGGUUGCCUCUUGCUCUCAAGACAAUGGGUGGCUUGUUGAGUUCAAAGAAACAUGUACAUGAAUGGAAGGGCAUUGAAGCAAGUAGCAUAAGGGAUAAUGAUGGAGGAAAAUAUGAGGUCAUGCCCAUAUUAAAGUUAAGCUACAAACACCUGUCAUCUGAAAUGAAGCAAUGUUUUGCAUUAUGUGCAAUUUUCCCCAAGGAUUAUGAGUUGUAGAAGGUCUGAUCGAACUAUGGAUGGCAAAUGGUUUUAUACAAGAAGAGGAAACAAUGGAUUUAAUACAGAAAGGAGAAUUCAUUUUUGAUGAGUUGGUUUGGAGAUCCUUCCUUAAAGAUAAGAAAGUGCUAGAAUAUUCGACAAUGGUAGUAUGUAAAAUGCAUGACUUAAUGCAUGAUCUAGCAAAAUAAGUCAGCAAUGAAUGUGCAAGUAUAGAAGAACUGAUUCAGCAGAAAGCAUUGUUAAAAGAUGUUUGUCACAUGCAAAUUUCAAAGGCUGAUGAAUUGGAACAAAUCAAGGGGUUAUGCAAAGGAAGAACAUGCAUCCGCACUUUGUUAGGUCCUUCAGGAUUGUCACACAAGGAUUUUAAAGAGUUGCUACAAAUAUCAUCAUCACUAAGAGCAUUGCGUUGUCCCCCUUAUUCAAUUGCCAUUUGCAAGGCCAUAAAUGCAAAACAUUUACGGUAUCUUGACCUCUCCGUGUCUGACAUCGUUA